ACAUACGAUUUAUUCUGCUUCGUCUAUGAUAAUGCUUGGAAUGGAUUGAUUCCAUAAUCUCUUUUAUUCUUCUCGUUCUAGACGUACGUUCAGUGGAGAGUCCAACUUGAUCAACGUCGAGCAAUUUGAGCUUCUGCAGCAACGGCCAACACCACAAAAUGCCGGCUUUCGGCUCAAAGACGUUUCGACGAGCUACCACAGCAUCAUCCACGCUUGGAGAACGUUUAGGAACACUUUAUAGAGCGAAAUUGCCAAGACACCCUUUCCUCCUGUUCGGCCUACCCUUCAUCUCAGUCAUCGUGGCAGCAUCUUUUGUGCUCACCCCUGCCACCGCCCUCCGAUAUGAACGCCAUGACCGCAAAGUCCGUCAACUGGAUCAGGAGGAGGCAAUGGCAUUGGGUUUGAAGGGCGAGAAUGGCGAAGAGUCAAUCAGGAGGAACCCUCGGAGACAUGUUAUCGGUAGCGACAGGGACGAAUACUACAAACUGAUGGCGAAGGAUCUCGACGAUUGGGAACAAACGAGGGUGAAGCGCUUCAAGGGCGAACCGGACGGUCGAUUUGAUUAGAAGUCUUUUUCUCGUUCAGCGACACAUUUUCCGACAUGUACAACACUUCUUUGCAGCCUUUUCUUCGAUGUACCAUAAUUGUGCUACGAGAUGUUAUUAUUUACGAUGAACAUAUUCCACACAUAUCCACUCC